GAGUAUUCUAGUACUACAUUUUUCUCUUGAAAUUAAUUAAAAUUUAAGAAAAAAGCAAAUAAUUGCUCCACAGUUAAAUAGUAAAUCAAAAACGUAUAAAACAUGGCUAAGUUUGAUUUAACAACGAAGAACUGCGAGUUUCUAGAUCGCCAUCUCACAUUUCCGCUGCUCGAAUUUCUUCUAAGCAAAGAUAUUUACGACAAAAAUGUUCUCCUCAACUUCGUGCUUGAGACUGUUAAUAGAACCAACAUGAUUGACUACACAACUGACAUUCGAAAACGUUUGAAUCUGCCAGAAAGUAUGCCAGAAGAAUUAAUACAGAAGCGUCAGACAGUUCUCGAUAAGUUGAAAGAAUUACAAUCAGACAUCAAACCACUGAUGGAUUGUAUUGGUGAAAUUCAAGCUCGUGACACGAUGAAGGAUUCUAAGAUGUUGGUGAAUGUUAUUCAAUCAGAGUACAAUAUCAACAUUGAUAUCAUUCAAAGCGUUUAUAAACUCGCUAAAUACAUGUAUGAUUGUGGCAACUAUGCUGAGACUACGUCUUAUUUGUAUAUUUGUCUGAUGAUCAUGCAACCGAAUGACAAGAACUACUUGAAUGCUUUGUGGGGGAAGCUCGCAGCUGAAAUUCUUACACUUAACUGGCAAUCAGCAUUGGAAGACUUGAAUCGUCUUCGAGAGUUUAUCGACAACAGUAGCUUUAGCAAUAUGCAGCUCCUCACUCAACGCACAUGGCUCAUUCAUUGGAGUGUGUUGGUAUUCUUCCAUCAUCCGAAAGGACGCGAUUUGAUCAUCGAAAUGUUGCUCUAUAAGCCGGUUUACUUGAAUGUAAUCCAAACAACAUGUCCCCAUAUCUUGCGAUAUCUUUCAGUCGCUGUUGUCGUCAAUCGUGGCCGUCGAAAUGCUUUGAAAGAUUUAGUGAAAGUCAUUCAACAGGAAUCUUAUGCGUACAAAGAUCCAAUCACAGAAUUCUUAGAACAUUUGUACAUCAACUUUGACUUCGAAGGUGCUCGCAUGAAGCUUCAUGAAUGUCAGGAUGUCAUCUUUAACGACUUCUUCAUUUAUGGUUAUCUUGAUGAAUUUGUUGAAAGUGCACGAUUGAUGAUUUUCGAAACCUUCUGUCGAAUUCAUCAAUGCAUCACCAGCGAAAUGUUGGCAGACAAGCUCAACAUGAACCAGGAAGAAGCUGAAUGCUGGAUUGUUAAUCUCAUUCGUAAUGCUCGACUUGAUGCUAAAAUCGACUCAAAACUGGGCUACGUCGUCAUGGGAGGUCAACAGCUUAGCCCUUACCAGCAAUUUGUUGAGAAAAUUGAUUCAUUAUCAGUAAGGUCGGAAGCAUUGACUGAAUUAGUUGAACGUAAAAAUCGUGUGAAGAAUCAAGGCGAAAACUGGAAGUAUUAUUAAAAAGUUCUUUGCUUUCUAUUUGUCACUCAAAAUUAUUGGAACAAAAACACACAAAAAACAAUUUUUUAAUUCAAGAAACAAUAAAAAUAAAACAAACUUCUUGAAGAAGAAAACUUAUGAA